ACAAAUAAUAAUGGCUGACCUGUGUCGUUAUUGCGUACAUUGAAAGAUGAUAAUAUUUACAUUAUAACUAAGUGACAUUAUUUAGGAUUAAUAAUUUUAAUUUAAAUGAUAGUGCGUGAAUUAAGUAAUUAAUUGCUAAAGUUUUAAGUUGGCCAGCUAAUAAUUAUUAUUGUUACAGAUAAAAUAAAAAAAGUUUUUUAAAAAGUAAACUUGGCAUACGCAAAUGUGCAUCACAACAAAUAACAUUAAAAAUAAUAAUAAUUUAUUGUUAUUGUGUCAAUGUAUUCAUUGUUACGAAUUGCACAAUGGGAAGAAAUUGUAAUCAUGGAAUUUUUAAUAUUAUUAUUAUUACAUUAAAUUAACUUUAUUGUUUUUAAAAAGUCAUGUGUUAUAUUGACGGUAAUGUUGUCAACGUCUGAGUCAUUUAAUUACUGGAAUUUUAUCAUCAUCGCAGUAAGAUAUUAAUAAUUAUUAUCAUAAUGGUUCACAUACCAAGUACUUAUAAUUAUGAUUUUUGGGCUAAAACCCCAACUGAAGUUGUUGAGUUGACAUGCCUUAUGCCUAAUGGUGUUAUCAUACCAUUAGAAGCUAAUCGCAAUACUACUUUUGGUGAAAUAAAAGAGGAUUUAUGGGAAGAAGCAAGUAAAUAUCCAUUACAUGGUACAUUAAAAGAUGCACAGUCAUAUGUAUUUUCCUGUAUAAAUACAAAUGCUGAAGCUGAAGAAAUAAGGGACGAAAGUAGAUUGUGUGAUAUAAAACCAUUCUGUUCUGUGUUGAAAGUUAUCGAGAGAGAAUGUGUUAAAAGUGAUAGAAAUUUAGAUUCCCAAAUAGGUUUAUUAAUUGGCAAAGGAUUACAUGAAUUUGCUGCAUUAAAAAAUUCUGAAGUCAAUGACUUCAGAUGGAAAAUGAGAUUACUUGGUGACGAGUACGCACAAGCCAGGCGUAAAAAAUUGUGGAAUGAAAAAGUACGUUAUCAAUUUCGACCUAGACUGGCACCAACUCCAGAUAUACCUAAAAAUAUUGAAUCUCGACUUAAAGACGGCAAUAUGGUUGUCGUUACCAAAUUUGAAAAUACUGAGACAACUUAUACCUUCCAAAUAUCUCAUGAAACAACACCAUAUCAAUUAAUAGUUUUAAUAUUAAAUAAACGUGCUAAUACACUUAUGUCAAGAGGUGAAUUACCAAAUGAUUUUACAUUGAAAAUAUGUGGUCAAGAAGAAUAUUUAAUUGGUGAACAUCCGUUGAUACAGUAUACAUAUAUACAAGAUUGUAUAUCUAAAGAUGUAGCACCAACAUUAAUAACAAUAAGCAGUCGUAAUGUUAUGAUUGAUAAUGAUUAUUCAUUAGAAAAUCCAGAACUUGAUUCGCUUAAACGAUCGCGACCAACUUUUUCAACUUUAACGUUACGUAAAAAAGGAAAACAUAUAUCUGCAUUGAAACUUGAUAAUUAUUUUGAGUUUACAGUUAAUGGAAUUUCACGAUUAAAUUGUGACGCUGCUCACCGUACAGUCGAGGUUGGAUUACAAGCUGGUUUAUUUCACGGUGGCAAAUCACUCUGCGAAAGUCGUAAAACCAAAGAAUUGACCGUUUCACCAGACGGUAGUUGUACCUGGGAUGAAACACUUAAAUUUGAUAUACGUGUUAAAGAUAUACCAAGAAAUGCACGUCUUUGUUUUGUAUUAUACGAAUUAAGUAAAUCAGCAAAAGGCCUAAAAAAUCGUAGACUUAUUAAAGAUUCUAAACAAGAAUAUUUUAUAAAUGCAAUGUGGUGGGCUAAUACAGCAAUUUAUGAUUUUAAAUCACAAUUGAAAACUGGUGCAAUGACACUUUAUACCUGGACAUAUGCUGAAGAUAUGCAGAAUGAAGAUUUACUUCAUCCACUUGGUACUGUUGUGUCUAAUCCUCAUAUAGAUCGUGCUGCUGCUCUUAUGCUCACGUUUCCAAAUUAUGGUAAAGAUAAAUCCGUUCUUUAUCCAACACCGGAAAAACUUGUGGAAUACGCGACAAAAUUACGCGAGUCAAUAGAAGAUCAUAGUAAAGAAAGUUUAAAUAAUGAAUUAGAGGCAAAUGAACAGCAAUUAGAGCAAUUAAAAUUAUUAGCUGAACGUUAUCCACUGCAUGAGCUUCAUGAACAAGAAAAAAAGACAAUGUGGGCUUUAAGGAGACAGUGUCUUAAUAAAAUGCCAAAUUUAUUACCUAAAUUAUUACAGUGUGUUGAGUGGAACGAUCAUAGAGAAGUUGCUGAAGCUACUGCUCUAAUACAGCAAUGGCCAAAAUUACCCGUCGAAAAAGCUCUUGAGCUUUUAGAUUUUGCAUACGCCGAUGAAAAUGUAAGAAGUUUUGCUGUUCGGUGCUUAAAAGACUUGAGAGAUGAAGAUUUAAAUCUUUAUUUGCUACAAUUAGUUCAGGCAUUGAAACAUGAAAAUUACUUGUCAUGCGAUCUCACUGAAUUUUUAUUGAGACGCGCAUUAGAUAAUCAGAGGAUAGGACACUAUUUAUUUUGGCAUCUCAGACCUGAAAUGCAAGUGGCAUCGGUAUCAGUAAGAUUUGGAUUAAUACUCGAAGCUUAUUGUCGAGGUGCUCAACAACACAUGAAACAUUUAAAGAAACAAGUUGAAUUAUUAAAUAAACUGAAAAUUUUAUCUGAAUUAAUAAAACAACGUAAAGAUCGCAAAGCUGCGUUACAAAUGCUAAACGAUUUUUUGCAAGAACCGCAUUGCCAAGAGGCGUUAUCUAAUGUAUUAAAUCCAUUGGACCCGAGUUAUCGGCUACGGCGAAUUAGAAUUGAAAAAUGCCGUAUAAUGGACAGUAAAAUGAAACCACUGUGGCUUGUAUUUGAAAAUUCCGAUACAUUUGGCGAUGAUAUAUAUGUUAUUAUGAAACAUGGUGAUGAUUUAAGACAAGACAUGUUAACAUUACAAAUGUUUAGAAUAAUGGAUAAAUUGUGGAAGGAAGAAGGUUUAGAUUUUCGUAUGAAUUUAUAUAAUUGUAUAUCUACGGAUCAUAAAACAGGAAUGAUUGAAGUUGUUUUAAAUGCUGAGACUAUUGCUAAUAUACAGAAGGAAAAAAAUAUAUUUUCAGCUACUGCUGCUUUCAAAUGCGGUUCAUUGAUCGCUUGGCUCAAAGAUCAUAAUUCGACAAAAGCAGAACUUGAUAAAGCUAUUGAAGAAUUUACUCUAAGUUGUACAGGCUACAGUAUAGCAACUUAUAUUCUUGGAAUAGCCGAUCGUCACCCAGAUAAUAUAAUGGUGAAAAAAAAUGGACAAUUGUUUCACGUUGAUUUUGGUCAUAUUCUUGGUCAUUUUAAAGAAAAAUUUGGUGUAAAACGUGAACGUGUACCAUUUGUACUCACAAAUGAUUUUGUUCAUGUUAUCAAUAAAGGGCAAGCGAAAAAAAGUCAAGCUCCUGAAUUUCAAAGGUUUCAAGAAUACUGUGAAACAGCUUUUUCAGUUUUGAGGUGUCAUGGCGGAUUAAUUGUUUCACUUUUUGCAAUGAUGAUAUCAACCGGAUUACCGGAACUAUCAUGCGAAAAAGAUCUCAAUUAUUUACGAGACACUUUGGUACUUGAGAUGACGGAAGAAGAAGCACAAAAUCAUUUUAGGAGUAAGUUUAAUGAAGCUCUUGUUAAUUCAUGGAAAACUUCAUUAAACUGGGCGUCACAUAAUGUCGCCAAGAAUAAUAAAACAAUAUAAAAUUAGACUAAUUGAUAAUUAAAUGAAUAAAUAAAUUAAAAUCUAAUGACAAAAACAAAAAAAAAUAAAACAAAAAAAAAGAACAAGUAAGACUGCAAGUGCUCAGAAAUAAUAAAUUUGUUUACAAUUAUUUUGACUGAAAGUGGUUAAUAGUCAGUGAUUUAUUUUAUGAGAUUUCAUAGUUCUUUAAUAAAUAAUAGUAAGACAAAAAUAAUAAAAUAAACAUUGCCAAAUGUGAUAGACUUUUUUUUUAUCUUAAGAGUGUAAUGUUCACUUAAAUGAUGAUGUAAAUGUUAAUCCAUAUGCUCGUGGCAAUUAUUAAAAGCAAUAGCAAUAAUUCAUAAUACAAUAAAGUAAAUUUUUCAACUAAUACUAAUUUUAAUAUUAAUAUUUGUAUGAUAAUAAUAGUAAUAAUUAUAAACAAUAUAAUCACUGACUCCACUCAUUAGUCUUGUAUAAAAUGACUGUUAAUAUUUCGUAAUUGAUAAUUGGCCGUGUAACUGUAUCAUGAUUCAAUGAAAAUUUAAUUUUACAUAUACAAUGCAAACAUUUAAAUAAUAAUAAUAAUAAUAACAAUAACGUUAAUAAUAUUAAUAAUAAUAAUAAUUGAAUAAUUAAUUAGGAAAUCAAUAGAUAAUAAAAACAAUCUCAUAUGUAUGAUGUAGUUUGACGGUGGUAUUUUGUUCAGAAAUUGAAUUGUUGAAAAAAUAAAAUAAUAAAAUUGCUUUGUAUAUUUGCGGUAAGUUAAAUUUUUCGAUUUAAAAAUAAAUGGAAAAUAAAAUUAAUUAUAAAAUCAGAAGAGAAAAAUAAAAUAAAAUAGUUGAAUUAAUAUUUAAACAGUACAAUCACUGACGCAGGCACCAUUUCCAAUGCCAAUCAUAUAGACAAGUGCCAAUAUAAAUAGUAUAAAUAAAUUGAUAAAUUAUAAAGUGUCUUAAUGACUAAUAGUUAAAGCAGACUAUUAAUUUUAUACGCUUUACGGGGUUCUAUUCUAUUGAUAUGUUUAAAAUAAUUAAAUUUAUUUAUUGUUAGUAGACGACUAAAUUUUUUUUAUUAUUUUUUAAUUAAGGAAAUACUAUCAAUUAAAAAAUUAUUUUUUUACGUUAAAAAAAAAUUAUCCAUGAAAUCAUGAGUAUGUUGAAAUUUUUUUUAAUCAAAUUAAUACUUUUGAAAAAUAUUAUAAUGUAUAGAUAAAAGAUAUUGUCAUUGUAAUUAACUUAUAUGAUCAAACUAUGAAUUCGACAAAGUUUACAAUAUUAAUAAAAAAUUAUGUUAUUUGUUUUUAGAACACUCUCUUCCGACAAUGAUUUAAAUCUAACGAGAUAUAAUUUGAUCAACAUACAUUUAAUUUUUAGGACUUUAAAAUAUAUAUUUUCCAUAGAUUUAUUGAGAUUCAUGUAAAUCAUUUUCGAUCUUUUUUUUGUAUAAAGCUUCAAAAUUCUCUUUUAAAAUUAAAAUUUUUUUGAAUUUUACAAUUUGAAAAAUUACUUUUCUGCACACCUCGAACGCGAAGCGGAGGUGGUGCUCUACUAUCGCAAAAUGUCAAAGCAGGGUUGUCGUCAACUAAAUUAUAGCUUUGCCCCACGUAAAUCUAACUUAUUAUCUUCCUGGGUAUAAAUCCAUUAUAAGCGCAUAUCAUUAUAAUAUUUUUCUAUAUGAGUGUUUAAAAAAAAAAAACAUUGUAUCUAAACUAAUAACUAUACAUUAAUAACUUUUAAAAAUACGCACAAAUCUACAAUAUUCCACGUAUACAUUUUAAAUUAAUAAUUAUUUAAACACAUUCAUGAUAAACAAACAAUUAAUAUAAACGUAAAAUACACUUUUUAUCAUCCGACAAUUUAAAAAAUUUAAAAGAUAAUUUCCUUAAUUAUUUGUAAUAAAUAUUAAACUUGGAUAAAAUUUAUUCUUUAUAAAAAAAAACUUUGAUUUUGAAAUAUUAAAAUUCUUUAAUUAAUUUGAAUAAUAUUUUAAUUUAAUUUACUUCUCUAGUAAUAAUAUAGCUUUAAAAUAAUAUACAUAUUAUACGAGCUCACUGGAUAUACGUAAACGUCUGUUUUGACACCAUAUUAAUAAUAAUAUUAAUAACAAUAAUAAUAAUAAUAAUAAUAAUAACAAUAAUAAUAAUAAUAAUAAUAAUAAUAAUAAUAAUAAUAAUAAUAAUAAUAAUAAUAAUAAUAAUAUUGAAUAAAUUAAGAAAAGAGAAAAAAUUGUAGGUAAAGACUUUAUCAUUUUAAGUUUGGUCGCAAUGCAACCAACCACAAUGCAAUUAUAAUUAAUUGAUUAUUAAAAAUUUAUGAUUAUUAUAAUUAGUGCUUUUAAUAUAAUUACUAUUGUUAUAAUGUAUUUAUAAUUAUCAUAAAUAUUAUUCACACUUAGUUUUAUUAAGUGCUGUAACAUCGAGCAGUGGGCUAUAAUUGAAUUAAGAAAUUUUUUUUUUUAUUUUAUCAAAUUCUAAUAAUGUACAAAAAGUGUUCAGUAAACCGUUAAUUAUUAAAGAUAAAUGCUAAUGAAAAUUUAAAUAAUUUACGUUUAAAUUACUGAAAAAAUACAUUUUGUUAACCAAUCAUUAAAGUUUUAUUUUAAUAAAUGUUUAUGUCUCUAACAAUCAAUUUAAAAGUUUCUUUACGAUUAUCAGUGUAGAAAAAAAAGUAAUAAAAGUAUUCCGCAUAAAAAAUUUGGAAAUUUAAAACAAUUUAGAAUCCUUUUUGUCACAUUCUGAGAGAUGAACUUUUUUUUGCACUCGUAGAGGAAAUGAGAACUUUAAAAUAAAUUCAAAAAUUUUGGUGAUAAAUUAGAAUCGUGUGCUAUUAGUUCUUCAAAUUUUGAAACACUAGUUGUUUUGAUAUUUUUUGAAUCUUAUCUUAACUUGUCUGAAGCAUUUUUUCAUUGUAUUUGUUUUUUAAUAUUUCUCAUUUCUUUAUACUAAAAAAAAAAUUACUUUUUGAAAUUUUUUCAAACAAUUGAGGAACUUUUUGAGAGUUUUCGUUUUCUUAACUAUUGACAAGGAAAUAAAAAAUAAACAAAAUUAAUUUCACAACCGCUAAUAAACUUAAAAAUAUUUUUUAAAAAAUACUAAAUUGAUUUUAGUUUGUAGUUUUAAUUUUUUUUUUAAUUCUAAAUUAUUUCAAAUUUUGUAUUUCUUUAUGCGGAAUUUUUUUUUACAUGAGAAAAAAUACUAAUUUGAGAUAUUAUAUUAAUCAUUGAUUAUUAUAGCAUACGAUCUAUGUCCUGUAUUUUCCAUGAUCACGACCGGUUUCAACCUAUGGCUCGUACGGACUCACUCGUUUAUGUGAAUAUUAGUAUAGGGGAGGGUGGGGCAAAAUGGGCUUACAUUUUAUAUUACAUGUAAGCCCUGUUUUCUUAAAGAGUCCAUUUCGCCCUACUCUCCUCUGCAUAAAUUGCUAGCCAUUGGCCCUCAUCAUACCCGUACUAAGUAGUAACUUUAAUGAAAUUAAAUUUUUAAAUUUCAUCCGUUAAUUUUUUUUUAUCUGACUAAAUAAAUGCCCAAGUAAUUUUAAUGAUAAUUAUGUUAAAGUAUUUCAGAAAAAUUAAAUUAUAAUUAUUAAGUAACUGUAUAAUUAUUAUUUUUUUUCUUUUGUUUAUUUCAAAACUUCUAUUUUCGUUUAAAAUUACAAAUUAUAAUUAAAUGGCGCUUAAUUAAAUAUAAUUAGUCAGUAUAUUCAAGCAAGCUAAUUUGAUAGUUUUCACGCAUAAUCAAGUAUUUUUUUUUGUCAAUUGUUCACAAUUCUCAUGUGUUCAAAAUAUUAAGUAAAUACUGUGGGAUAUUGGCUAUUAUGAUUCAUAUUUUAAAAAGUGUGUAUAUAGAUGUACAGAUGUUAUGCUGAGCCUACAAAAUUGAUUGAUUUUCAAUGGCGAAAAGAAAAGAAAAAAGAAAAAAAAAUAUUGACCGUUGAGUGAUUGACGAAAAAAUUGUUAUAUUAUAAAAUAUGUUUUAAAAUUAUUAUUAUUAUUGUUUAUUAACUUUUUUUGUCUUAAGGGCAACUUAAAAUUUAAACGAUAUUAAUUAUGAAAAUUGAUUAAACAAUUUACUAUAAAUAUUUUAUGGAAAUAAAUUAAUCCCAUUAUAAUUUAAUUAUUGAUAAAUGCUUUGUUAAAUUAUUAGUGUAUAUACUUGUUUAGCUUUUAAUAAACCAAAUUCAAUGUAUU